AUGAAGGUGCCCCCAAGCAUACCCCUUCGACGUGCCCCCAAGGCAUACCCCUUCGACGUGCCCCCAAGGCAUACCCCUUCGACGUGCCCCCAAGGCAUACCCCCUAGACGUGUCCCCAAGGCAUACCCCCUAGACGUGCCCCCAGGACUAUUCCCGAAAGGUGCCCCCAGGACGUUCCCCGAGACGUGCCCCCAGGACUAUUCCCGAGAAGUGUCCCUAGGACGUUCCCCAAGACGUGCCCCCAGGACUAUUCCCGAAAAGACUAUUCCCGAGAAGUGUCCCUGCCCAGGGGUUCCCCAAGACGUGCCCCCAGGACUAUUCCCGAGAAGUGUCCCGACGUUCCCCAAGACGAGCCCCCAGACUAUUCCCGAAAGUGUCCCUAGGACGUUCCCCAAGACGUGCCCCCAGGACUAUUCCCGAGAAGUGUCCCUAGGACGUUUCCCGAGACGUGCCCCCAGGACUAUUCCCGAGAAGUGUCCACGUUCCCCCACGAAGGUGCCCCCAGGACGUCCCCGAGAGGUAGAAGAGGUGCCCCCAGGACGUUCCCCAAGAGGCCCCCAGGAGUUCCCCGCCCCCAGGACGUUCCCCGAGACGAGGACGUUCCCUCCCCCAGACGGUGCCCCCAGGUUCCCGACCCAGACGACCCGAAAGGUGCCCCCAGCGUUCCCCGAGACGUGCCCCCAGACGUUCCCCGAGAUGCCCAGGACGUUCCCGAGGUGCCCCCAGGACGUUCCCCGAGAGGUGCCCCCAGGACCCCAGAGGGCCCCAGACGUUCCCGAAAGGUGCCCCCAGGACGUUCCCCGAGAGGUGCCCCCAGGACGUUCCCCGAAAGGUGCCCCCAGGACGUUCCCCGAGAGGUGCCCCCAGGACGUUCCCCGAGAAGUGCCCCCAGGACUAUUCCCGAGACGUGCCCCCAGGACGUUCCCCGAGACGUGCCCCCAGGACCCCAGUUCCCCGAGACGUGCCCCCAGGACGUUCCCCGGACGUGCCCCCAGGACGUUCCCGAGAAGUGCCUCCAGGACUAUUCCCGAGACGUGCCCCAGGACGUUCCCGAGACGUGCCCCCAACGGACCCCCAGACGUUCCCCGAGACGUGCCCCCAGGACGUUCCCCGCCCCCCCAGGACUUCCCCGAGACGUGCCCCAGGAGACGUCCCAGGACGUUCCCCCAGGACAUUACCCGAGACGUGCCCAGGACGUGCCCCCAGGACUAUUCCCAGACGUGCCCCAGGACGUUCCCCCAGAGAGACGUGCCCCCAGGACGUUCCCCGAGACGGUUCCCGAAAGGUGCCCCCAGGACGUUCCCCGAGAGGUGUCCCCAAGGCAUUUCCGAGACGUGCCCCUAG